AUGGCCUCCCCCAACCAGGUCUCACAUAACGAUGAUAUCCUCGAGAAGCGGCAGGUGUCCCUUGUGGAAAAUGUCGACGGCUCCCAGGAUGGCGUCCCCUACGAGUGCGAGUUUACCGAGCGCGAACAGAGAAAGAUCAUCCACCGCAUCGAUCGCCGCCUUGUCGUGACUGUCGGUGUCCUGUAUUGCAUCAGUUUGAUGGAUCGCACCAAUCUGAGUGCUGCUGCCAUUGCUGGUAUGACUGCGGAAUUGAAACUCUAUGUCCUCGAGGGCACAAUCUCCCACUACUCCAUUGUCACCAUCGUCUUCUUCGCCUCGUACAUUGUCUUCCAGCCCCCAGCCACCGUCAUCUGCCGCUACCUCGGACCACGCAACUUCCUCUCCUUUAUCGUAAUAGCAUGGGGUGGUGUCAUGAUUGGCAUGGGCUUUGCAAACAACUAUGGCACCAUGGCUGGCCUGCGAGUUUUGCUGGGAGUGCUAGAGGCUGGCUUCUUUCCUAGUUGUGUCUAUCUGCUGUCGACAUGGUACACUCGCUUCGAUAUCGGAAAGCGGUACUCGGUCUUCUACAUUCUCGGCAGUUUAGCUUCCGCUUGUGCUGGUAUCCUCGCCUAUGGUCUGAUGCAGCUCAAGGGACGUCAGGGCUUGAACGGCUGGCGCUGGAUCUUCAUCAUCGAAGGCGCGCUUACAUGCUUCCUUGGUAUCGUCGGUUACUGGGCCCUCGUCGACUUCCCAGACAAGGCACACAGGAGUUGGAAAUUUUUGACCGAGCGAGAAGCCAAGUUCAUCAUCGACCGUGUCAACAGAGAUCGUGGUGAUGCCAAGCCCGAGCCAUUCUCUCUUGGGAGGUUCCUCAAGGGUGGAACCGACAUCAAGAUUUGGGGUUUCGCCUUGAUCUUCUUCAACACCACCACUGUCACCUAUGCUCUUGCCUACUUUCUUCCCAUCAUUCUGACACAAAACAUGGGCUUCUCAGUCGGUGCAGCUCAGUGCUUGGUUGCUCCCCCGUACGCCUUGGCCGCUAUUGUCAUGUACGCCACUGGCUGGCUCGGCGACAAGUACCGCAUCCGUGGGCCCAUCAUUAUCGCCAACAUGGUACUCUGCCUUAUUGGACUUCCCAUCAUGGGCUUCCACAAGAACGCCAACAUCAGAUACUUUGGCGUCUUCCUCACCACUGCCGGAGCCAACAGCAACAUCCCAGCAACCAUGUCGUACCAGGCAAACAACAUCAGAGGCCAGUGGAAGCGUGCUUUCUGCUCUGCCAUUCUUGUCGGUAUGGGCGGAGUAGGCGGUAUUGCAGGAGGUCUUGUUUUCAGGACGCAAGAUGCGCCCCACUAUAAGCCAGGUCUUUACGCUUGCAUUGCUUGCUGCCUGCUGUCAAUUGUCCUUGUCGGCCUCAUCACACUGAGGUCAUGGAGCUUGAACAAGCGUGCCGAUCGUGGAGAGAUUGAGCUCGAGUACAACGAUGAUGGCGACCAGAAGGGCUUCAGGUACACCUACUAA